UAACAAUUACUUACUUCGUACUUUUUAUCAAUAGCUCUAACAACCUUAUAUCUAACUAAUUCUAUCAAUACCUUAUUUGACUUGGUUCCUUACAAGGUUAUAAUCUUGUUGAUAUGAAGCUCAUGGUAGAGUCAUAUUCAAAGAUGAUAUUCCAGUUGGUGAGGCGUUUUCAUUUUACCCCUGUCUGCAGAGCAGCAGAGUCCUCACUGCUUGCCAAACUCAGGAAAAAGACUGGCUACACCAUCGCUAACUGUAAAAAAGCCUUAGAAAUGCACAACAAUGAUCCUGAUAAGGCUGAGGUAUGGUUAAACGAGCAAGCUCAAGCCAUGGGUUGGGCAAAAGCCACAAAACUAGCGGGUCGUGCAGCUGCUCAAGGCCUUGUAGCUGUUAAGUACGACAGGACCCAUGGGGCUCUAGUGGAACUCAACUGUGAAACUGACUUUGUGGCUAAAAAUGACAAAUUCCAAAAGAUGAUUGAAGAUGCCACUAUUGCAUGCUUCAAGUUUGCCCACACUCAUAUGCAAGGAAAAGGACCUAUCACAAAGAUGGAACUAGACAGUGAACAACUGGCCAACUUGUCUACCGAAAAUGGGAAGAAGCUUUCUGAAAUGUUAGCUUUGUUCAUUGGGUCUGUUGGGGAGAAUGCUAUCCUGAGGCGAGCUGAAUGCUGGAAGGCCAACAAUGACAGUAUCAGAAUUGCUGGCUACACCCAUCCGGCCCCUGCUGCUCCUACUGAAUACUCUGCUGGAAAAUAUGGCGCGUUACUUGCUUACAAGCAAGGAGAUGAUACAAUUGAUGUUGGCAGGCAGCUAUGUCAACAUAUUGUAGGCAUGAAUCCUAAAAAGAUUGGUAAUAAAGAGAAGGACCAUCCAGCCAAAAAUGUGGAUGAUGAAACCACUCUAAUUUUCCAAGAAUAUUUAUUGGACCCCUCAUAUACAGUUGAGGAAGUGUUAGACCAAAACAAAGUAGAGAUUCUUGAAUACAAAAGAUUCUCUUGUGGAGAAGCUAUUGAAAAUAAUUUGCCUGGCAUUGAAAAGCAGCCCCUAGAUACAGUACAAACCUUACAGUGAAUGAAGUUGCUACAGAAUAGCAUAGUCAAAUAGCAAUGUUAACUGCUUGAAGUAGUUGUAUAUCAUUUAAAUUUCUGUUACAUGAUAUCUGAAAUCCAUAGUUCAUAUUUAUUUUGUAUUGUUAAGUAAUAAAAGCUUAAAUAUUAA